AGUGAAACAAGAAACUUGAAAAAAGAAACUGCUGGUUUGUUUGAAUCCAUCAGAGAAGUGAAGUAAAUCAAAUAGAAUAAGAUCAAAAUGAAAUUCCCAAAAAGUGCCAGCGGUUUGUUCUUUGGCGUGGCGGUAACAUUCCUAGUGGCCACGUGUGUCAGUGAAGCGAAACCGAUCGAUACGUGGGAUCAGUUGUCGAGCGUGGGUGGAAAAAUGUUCUACAAAAUGCUGGAAUAUCUGGGCGAUUACGACGAGUUCGAUGACGAUAGUGCGUUACAGAAGCGGGAAGGAUCGAGUGCUUUGCUGCUGCCCAGUAACCGAGUCGACUACGGAGCCAAGAACGACAAAUGCAAAUUGCCCGUACGGAAGGGAGUGUGUCGAGCACUGCUGCCGAGGUGGAGAUACGACCCAGAAUCCAAAACAUGCCACGAGUUCACAUUCGGCGGCUGCGACGGCAAUGCUAACAACUUCCUAACGUACGAAAAGUGCAUGGACACAUGUAAAGGAGUGUGAUCAGGCGGCCGAUACGAACAAAAAAAAAAGUCCACUCACAACUCCUGGUAAAACCUUGCGGUACAAAUUCAAACCGAAACUCCGGAUUCCUAUGACGGGGAAAGUCGCACUUCCGUACACGAUGGGAGUCGCCUUCUGGACAUACUGGUUCGACCAAGUACCCCCAACCAACUGCCCCACCAAGUGAUACUUUUUUAGGCUUUAAGCUAAAAGCUGAAAUGCGAUCGAUGUCCUUCGACUUCUAGUAUUAUAUACACGUAUACACUUUUUGUU